CCAAGUCAUAUAUUUGAUGACAAUUUGGUAACCUCUCUCCCAAACCAUGGCUUUCCAUUCACAAAAGCUGCUUCUUCAUCUUCUUCAUCUUCCCUACUUGAUGACAACUAUUUUCCUCUUCCUCAUAAUCCCUUUUGCAUCUCAGUUAUCAUUCAACUACACCGAUUUCUCUCAACCUAACAACGAAGCUAUAAUAAGGACAGGAAACGCUACAAUCUCAGGUUCAGUCAUCCAACUCACCCCAAAUGCAGUGGACAACUGGGGUCGAGCCACGUAUUCAGAAACCAUGCUUCUCUGGGAAAAUAGUACACGAGAAGUUGCCAACUUCACUACCAGCUUCUCUUUCAUCAUCUCUUCGGAAGGUGCAGAAAGGUAUUCGGAUGGGCUAAUGUUCUUCCUCGCAAGCCCCGAUUUCCCUCCACCUACUCCAACAGAUGGCUCUGGCCUUGGCCUUGUGAGUCGUGACCAAAUGAGAGACUCAACUUUCUUAGCUGCAAAUAAAUUCGUUGCGGUGGAAUUUGAUACUUUCUGGAAUGGUGAUUUGGAACAGCCUGGCCCAGUUCAUGAGCACGUUGGUAUCAAUAUCAACAACAUGACAUCUCGGAACUCGACAACAUGGUAUAGCAUCAUUAAGGAGAAGAGAACAUACAGUUCUAGUAUUAGUUACGAUCCCAGCACACAAAAUUUAAGUGUGAGCUUCACUGGAUUCAAUAGUAAUGAUACCAUCCCAAUAAAACAGCACCUUUCAUCUAUAGUUGAUUUGAGAAAUCACUUACCAGCAAGGGUUAAAUUUGGCUUCUCGGCCGGAACAGGAUUGAUUUCCGAGAUGCAUACUCUUUGCUCGUGGUCUUUUGAAUCACCAGUUCUGAUUCAGAAAUCUCCACAACCACAGCCAAACAAGACUGAGAAAUCUCCACAACUACAGCCAAACAAUAAUGAAAAUGGAAGCAAGGCAAAAUUGGUGGUGGGACUGAUCAGCGUGGGUGGAUUCGUUUUAAUUAUGGGUUUGGGGAUGGUUUGGCUUAUGAAAAGGAAGAAGCGGGCUAGAGGGGGAGGAGAUGAGGAUUUGGGCUUUGAUCUUUCUAUGGACGACGAAUUUGAACGUGGUACAGGGCCAAAGAAAUUUUCCUACAAAGAAUUGGUUCGCGCAACGAAUAACUUUGCAGAGGAAAAUAAGCUUGGAGAAGGAGGGUUCGGUGGGGUUUACAAAGGAUUUCUAAGAGAAAUGAAUUCCUAUGUUGCUGUCAAGAGGGUGUCAGGGGGGUCUAACCAAGGGGUAAAGGAGUACGCAUCUGAGGUGAAGAGCAUUAGUCGACUGAGGCACAGGAAUUUGGUUCAACUCAUUGGUUGGUGCCACGAAAACAAAGAUCUCCUACUCGUUUAUGAAUUCAUGCCGAAUGGCAGCUUGGAUUCGCGUCUUUUCAAAAGUAAGAGUUUGUUAAAAUGGGUGACGAGGUACAACAUUGCUAAAGGUUUGGCGUCGGCGUUGCUAUACUUGCACGAAGAAUGGGAGCAAUGCGUUCUCCAUAGGGACAUAAAGUCGAGCAACAUCAUGUUGGAUUCAAGUUUCAAUGCAAAGCUUGGCGAUUUCGGCUUAGCCAGGAUGGUGGAACAUGCAAAGGGAUCACAAACCACGGCUUUGGCCGGGACGUUGGGCUACAUGGCCAUUGAAUGUGUUGUCUCCGGCAGGGCUAGCAAAGAGUCGGAUAUAUACAGUUUCGGGAUUGUUGCUUUAGAGAUAGCCUGCGGAAGAAAAGCCAUCGAAACCAAGGCUAAAGAAGACGAGAUAGUUUUAGUAGAGUGGGUUUGGGAGCUCUAUGGAAGGGGAGAGCUUCUUGAUGCAGCCGACUGCAGAUUGUGUGGAGAUUUUGAUGAGCAGCAAAUGGAACGUUUGAUGGUCGUGGGGCUCUGGUGUGCUCACCCAGAUUAUAGUCUCAGGCCUUCAAUAAGGAAAGCCAUUAAUGUGCUUGAUUUUGAAGCUUCAUUACCCGUUGAUCUGGGAACAAAGAUGCCUGUGCCAACCUAUGUUGCCCCUUCAGGCAAGGCAUCUACAUCUACAUCUUCAGCUACUGCUUCCGAAGUCCAGCACACUCAGUCUUCAAACCAUAGUUAUAGUGACAAAGGUUCCUCACAAAACACUACGGCAUCUUCUUCGGCUUCCAGGUAAAACUAUCUUGACAGCAUAAAUAGACAUUUGAUACGUACGACAGACUAUUUGUACCAAAAAUAAUUUCAUUAUGUAAUUCUUUAUAUUCUAAAUAAAACUACACGGACUAAUUUUACA